AAUUUGUUUGAAGAUGUAGGCACGGGUCUGAAGGAACAUGGGGGUGUUUCAGAGGUGGCGACGGCUCCGGCUCCGGCCCCCGGGGUUACAAACUUGCGGGCUACGUACGGCAGCUGUCCCGACUCCUCCACACUGGUUGGCAGAGCGGCUUGGCUUUUUUGAGGAGCUAUGGGCUGCUCAGGUAAAGAGGUUAGCAAGCAUGGCACAGAAGGAACACCGGAUUAUUAAGAUAUCGCUUCCUGGAGGCCAGAAAGUGGAUGCUGUGGCGCGGAACACAACCCCGUACCAACUAGCCCAGCGGAUCAGUUCAACACUGGCAGAUACUGCAGUGGCUGCUCAAGUGAAUGGAGAACCUUAUGAUCUGGAGCGGCCCUUGGAGAAAGAUUCUGACCUCAGAUUUCUGACGUUCGAUUCCGCAGAGGGGAAAACAGUGUUCUGGCACUCCAGCACCCAUGUCCUGGGGGCAGCAGCUGAGCAACUCCUUGGUGCUGUCCUCUGCCGAGGUCCAAGUACAGAAUGUGGGUUCUACCAUGAUUUCUUCCUGGGAAAGGAACGGACAGUCCGGGGCUCAGAGCUGCCUGUUUUGGAGCGGUUUUGCCAGGAACUUGCAGCUGCUGCUCAACCCUUCCGGAGGCUAGAAGUUUCCCAGGAUCAGCUUCGCCAGCUCUUCAAGGAUAACCCCUUUAAGCUUCGCCUGAUCGAGGAGAAAGUGACAGGUCCAACAGCAACAGUCUAUGGGUGUGGCAUGUUGGUUGAUCUUUGCCAGGGCCCCCACCUUCGGCAUACUGGACAGAUUGGAGGACUGAAGCUGUUAACGAACUCAUCGUCCUUAUGGAGGUCUUCAGGCCCCCCAGAGAUACUGCAGAGAGUGUCAGGGAUCUCCUUCCCCACAGCAGAGGAGCUGAGGGCCUGGGAAGAAUGGAGGGAGGAAGCAGUGUUACGGGACCACCGGCGUAUUGGGAAGGAACAGGAGCUCUUCUUCUUCCAUGAACUGAGUCCCGGGAGCUGCUUCUUCCUGCCUCGAGGGACAAGGGUGUAUAAUGCACUAGUGGCUUUUAUCAGGGCCGAGUACACCCGCCGUGGUUUCUCAGAAGUGAAAACCCCUACACUGUUUUCUACGAAACUCUGGGAGCUAUCUGGGCACUGGGAGCAUUAUCAGGAAGACAUGUUUGCCCUGCAGCCCCCAGGCUCUGACAGACCCACCAGCUCCCAGAGUGACCACUCUAUCCGCCAUCCCACAGACACACUCGCCCUCAAGCCCAUGAACUGCCCUGCACACUGCCUGAUGUUCGCCCACCGGCCCAGAUCCUGGCGAGAGCUGCCCCUGCGACUGGCAGACUUUGGGGCCCUGCACCGGGCAGAGGCUUCUGGCAGUCUGGGAGGGCUGACCCGGCUGCGGCGCUUCCAGCAGGAUGACGCCCACAUCUUCUGUGCACCAGAUCAGCUGGAAGCAGAGAUCCGUGGCUGUCUUGAUUUCCUCCGCUCUGUCUAUGCUGUCCUUGGCUUCUCCUUCCGCCUGGCACUGUCCACCCGGCCUUCUGGCUUCCUGGGAGAGCCUUGCCUUUGGGACCAGGCUGAGCAGUUCCUUCAACAGGCCCUGGAAGAAUUUGGAGAACCCUGGGACCUCAACCCUGGAGAUGGUGCCUUCUAUGGGCCUAAGAUUGACGUGCACCUCCACGAUGCCUUGGGUCGGCCCCAUCAGUGUGGGACAAUCCAGCUUGACUUCCAACUGCCCCUGAGAUUUGACCUCCAGUACAAGGGGCAGGCGGGGGCCCUGGAGCGUCCAGUCCUCAUUCACCGAGCGGUGCUAGGUUCUGUGGAAAGGAUGUUGGGAGUGCUGGCAGAAAGCUGUGGGGGAAAAUGGCCACUGUGGUUGUCCCCAUUCCAGGUAGUGGUCAUCCCUGUGGGGACCGAGCAAGAGGAAUAUGCCAGGGAGGCCCAGCAGAGCCUGCAGGCUGCAGGGCUGGUCGCUGACCUGGAUGCCGACUCUGGACUGACCCUUAGCCGGAGAGUCCGCCGGGCUCAGCUCGCCCACUACAAUUUUCAGUUUGUGGUUGGCCAGAAAGAGCAGAGUAAGAGGACAGUGAACAUUCGGACUCGAGAUAAUCGUCGACUUGGGGAACGGGACUUGACUGAAGCUGUGAAGCGGCUGCUGGAGCUACAGAACACCAGGGUCCCAAAUGCUGAAGAAAUUUUCUGAGCUUUUGUAUAUAGAUGUGGCGGAGACCUGCAGGAGCCACCAACCUCCCUGAACACAGGAGAGCCACACCUAACAGAGUCUGGAGUCCCCCAGACCCCUCAGAACUUGUGUGGAGGCAUGAAUCUGCUCUCUUGGAAAGAGAUUUGGUCUGGGGGAAGCUACAGCUGUUUGGAUGUGAGGAGAGUAAAACUAAAAAUAAUAAACUUGAAGCUACUGAG